AUGGUUGGCAGUGAGGUUGAAAAAGAGGGAAGGAUUUUUUCGGAUGAGGCUAGAUCUAGUGGGGAGAUGGUGGUUUCAAGUGUGCGAGGGAGAUUGGCAUGGGGUUGGCGAGGUGAGCAAGCUCGCGAGCCUGGUGGCCUAUCAUGCAAAGGAGGGGCUGGAGCUGGCAAGGGAGAUGGUAUUUUGGGUGAGGCUCAAGGAGGGGAGGGAGAUUGGUGUGGGAUUGGCAAGGCGUGUGAGCUCGCGAGUCUGAAGACCUGGCAAGCAAGGGAGGGGCAUGAGUUGGCGAGGGAGAUUAGCAUCAAGCUAGAGAGGCAAGUGAGCUCACUAGCCUAG